AUGACAUCCAAUUCAUCAACUCAUCCAUUUCUGGAAGAUAUAGCCGCCACCACCACUACCUCUUCCACUACAACUGCCACCACCGCCAUCGAGGGCUCGUCAGCUACAACUACCACACAACCUAGAACAACUAAUCCAGACGGUACGAGGUCUACAACUCCUUUUCUUUCUCAUUCUCCCACUCAUUCAUCAACUAUCACCUCACUUGAAACGUUCGUAAGCACCAUCAGGAUUGAGAUCACAGCCAACAGCCGAAAUGGUGUACUGCUUGUAUUCACAGAAGAACUUAAUGAUCGGUCUACGGACGCUUUUAUGGAUUUGGAAUAUGUCUUUUGUGGAGUGGUUUCAACGUAUUUGAAUGUAAGCUUAAAUUCAACUCAGCUCAUCAGUAUCACGUGCGAGGUAGUUUCUUUCCAAACUGGUAGUGUGAUCGGUGAUCUUCGAAUCAGUCUCACAGCACCAUCUCAGGAUUCCGCUGAUAAUCUUGCUGAAUCAGCUACUGAUCUAUCACCUGCAAAUGAGACAUUACAGUUCUCCGGUGAUUCCCUUUACAUCGAAGACUUAGCAGUAGACAAUAUCGAUAAUUGUGAGAACAACCCCUGUAAAAAUGGAGGGAACUGCACGGAUGAAUUCAAUACGUUUAGUUGCGCAUGCCAGGAGGAUUACACAGGAAAAGACUGUUCAACAUUCUCUGGUAGGACUGGCCUAUCACCUGGUGCUAUUGUUGGAAUCAUACUUGGUGCUAUGUCGGGAGCUCUGAUCUUCGUUAUCUGCGCAUGUUUAAUAAUGGUCCAGACAGUGCGUCGUGAUCAGGCAAAUAGGAUAAUGAGGGAGUAA